AUGGCCCGAGCCCGCUAUGCGAGCAGCGACGAGAGUAGCGACGAUGAGCUGCCAGCUCUCUCCGAAAUCCUCAGCAGGCGCCGUAACGCAAAGUCUGCACGUCACCAGCCGCCAUCCUCAUCUGGGCACGUGAGCGAAAACUCACCGUCCAGAGCCAAAACGGCGAACAGUGAUGUGCACGCAGCCUCUGUCAAGCCUGUUUCCAGAGACUUUCCCAAGCCCACUGGGCUGUCGCUUGUCCAAAAAACCAACAGCACACCCGUCGCCCCAAGACGUCAACGCCUGCUGAAGCCUGCCUUUGUAGACAGUAGGCUUGCGCGACCGGUGACUGCGGAAACUAUCGGAUCCAUUGCAUCCCUUGACGAGACCCGCCAGCCCUUCUACGAGCGCCUCCCAGUCGCGAAACGCGCACCUGCCAGGGCAGUCAAGAAGACUUCAAAGUACCCUGUGGACGAGACUUCAGAUACGAGCAGUACUGUGCAAGAAGACUCACCCUGCAUUUCAGAGUCCCAAUCCGACGAAGAUGUCGAGGGAAGUUCAUGGUCAGCAUCGCAGAGUGACUCUGACAAGUCUCUCACCGAGGAUGUCCAUGACGAAGCCGCGAAAUGGGUGCAGUUGCUAUCGCCAAAUCCCGGGGGAUCUAAAGUUGACUCCCCCUCUCCUUUGGGAGAUGUUCCCCGAGACGGCCUGACAUCUGAGUCGAGUAUUCCACCGUAUGAGACCCCGUCCAUCAGUGCUUCGACGGACCCGCCUGUUCUGCGGAAAUCCAAUCCCAGCUCUGCAGUCUUUGAGCGACCACCUAGUUCUUCCUCGGACGAUUUCAACGCCGUCUUGAAAUACUCCCCUCCUCGAAGCCGAUCACCUCAUAAGGUCACACACCACUCCAAUCGCCCUCUUACUCCACCUCCUCUGGUCAGUCCAGGAAGAUCACGCUUGCUAUCUCCCAAAAAGUCCCGUAUCCCGACACCACCGCAUCGACCAAGCCUAGACGCCUUCUGGUCCCCAGAUGUGGUCAACUCGUGGAACGACCUGCAUUCACCUCGCAAAGUACUGCAAUCUCCCCAAAAACCAAGGUUUGGUUCUCUCAGUGAUGAGCAAGCCUUCCAAAUAUCAGCGCAGAAAAAAAGUCCUACCAAAAAAGACCCAAUCCGCAAAUCGUUCGAGCAGCGAAAGCACCAAUUGGCCAAAGACUUCCUUGAUGAGCUUGAUACAACAAUAACUCAAGGGCAAAUAUCAUCACUUACAGCCGAAUCAGGAGGUGUAAAGCUGAUUUGGAGCAAGACCCUAAACACGACCGCUGGAAGAGCAAAUUGGAAGAAAGAGAGUGUCAAGAUUCAGGAAACUGGCAUUUCCUCUGUGCAACACCGGCACCAUGCGAGCAUCGAGCUUGCAGAAAAGGUCAUCGAUGACGAAGAUCGCCUUAUCAAUGUCAUAGCACACGAAUUUUGUCAUCUCACAAAUUUCAUGAUCAGUAACGUCCGAGACAACCCGCACGGAAAAGAGUUCAAGGACUGGGCCAAAAAGGUUACGCGUGCCUUCGGCCACCGCAAUGUUAAUGUCACGACAAAACACACUUACGCCAUUGACUACAAAUACGUGUGGACAUGUGUAAGCUGCGGUCAUGAGUUCAAGCGCCAUUCAAAGUCUAUCGAUCCAACAAAACACCGGUGCGGCUCAUGUAAGUCAGAUCUCAUGCAAACGAAGCCAGCUGUGCGGCGGAAGGAUCCGACCAAAGGUCCAAAUGGGUACCAAAUAUUCAUGAAGGAUAACUUCCAAAGGAUCAAGCGGGAAAACGAGGGCAAAAGUCACAAGGAUAUCAUGGAGAUCCUUGGAAGGGAAUACAAGGAUUCCAAGGCCAAACAAGCGAAAGCUAUGGAUGUGCAGGAUGGUUUGAAGGGCGUUACUAGAGCUGUCGAAGCAGUUACUCUAGAUGAUUAG